ACUUACACCUCUAAAUGUAGCGAGUCUUAGAUGUGCAUCUGAGUUUUUACAAAUGACCAACGAAUAAGGGAAGGAAAUCUAGUUACACAAACUGAAGCUUUUCUGAAUGAUGUAUUUGGAAAUUGGUCAGACACAGUAAAAACACUAGAAACCUGUGAAGAAGUUUUACCGCAUGCUGAAGAGCUUCAUAUUGUGUCGAGACGCAUAAUCUCGUUGGCGAUGAAAGCUUGUAGCGAUUCGAAGUUACUUAAUUGGCCUGUAAUUGGAGAAUGGUAAUGAUAAUAACACGGGUUCUGAUGUAUGGAAUGGUAUAAGUACUGGAACGAAGCCACAGCCGAUGACAGAUGAUUGGUGGUACAAAGAUGUGUCAUUCCUCAGCUUACGUUUUAUGCAAAGAAACAUAUCCCUCUACAAACGUUUAAUUCAGGCUGAUGAUUGAGGCCUGAAAAUAUAUCAGGCGCCCUCGUGUUUUAUGCAAAGAAACAUAUCCCUCAAGGACACUAGCCAUGCUAAACCCGCAUCCACGCCAUCAGAGGCAGAUCAGAGGGCGCUUCUUGAAGAGAUCGUGGAGUUAUUACCAAAACAGAAAGGAGUAACAGAGACUAGGUUUCUUCUGAGGUUGCUCCGUACUGCUAUGAUGUUGCAAGCUACACUUGAUGAUUUGCUGAUACCAAAUAGUGGCUACUCAGUUGAGACUUUAUAUGAUAUAGACUGUUUUCAGCGUAUUCUGGACCAUUUCUUGUUAUUAGACCAGGCUUCUGCUGCUGCAUCUCCAUGUAUAAUGGAAGAAAAUCAAUUUGGUAGAAGGCAAUCAGUCUUUGGCUUCAAUAACAAGGGUGGCAAAUCUGGUGGAUUCAUAUCUUUCUGAGGUGGCGCCUGAUGUUAAUUUCAAGUUUCCCAAAUUUCAGA